CGGAGGCUGACGCGACCGGGGCAGGUUUUCCGUCCGAGAAGGGAUUUAGACAGACAACAUCUGCCGAUUCGAAAGUCGAUUUUCUAAACACUGCAUUUGACAGCCCGCGAAAGGACAGAAGGCAGAAGCACUGACAGUUUGAGUUCCAGAGGCCGCUGGGUGUUUUCACAGUGUGAGCGCGCGCGCGCCCACCGACAUUUGAGGUCCCCAUCCCCCAGAAUCGGAGUUGCAUGUAUCUCCUGUCUCUUCUGCCGAUUUUUGCCUUUCGCAUCUCCUGCCUACCACGUCCACACUUUUAGUUUGGCCAGACGACUCCAGUCGACCUUGAAAAGAGUUCCGAGCUGGCGUCUAGAGGCACGCUUCCCCUCGCGAUCACUUCUCGAUCACUGCCUACCCUGUCUCUCUCUUUGUAUCGUUUUUUCCCCAGCGGUGGCGCGUCUCCUUGGCUCUGCCCUCGCUUCCACCGGCUGUCAGAGUCGCCAUCUGCGUUUUCUUUCGACUCGGCAAAACAAGAUGACAAUCGAUGUGAACCUUUUGCGCGCGGAGAAGGGCGGCGACCCCGCGCUGGUGCGAGACAGCGAAGUUCGGCGCGGGCGUUCCGGCGAGGUGGUUGACCAGGCAGUGGCGGUGGACAAGAAAUGGCGAGAGAAUUUGUUUCAGUUGGAGCAGCUGAAGAAGGAGUUGAACGCAGUGAACAAGGAAAUCGGUCAGCGGAAGAAGAAGGACGCCAAAGAUCCGUGCCAAGACCUGCUGGCGAAGAGCGCAGAGCUCAAGCAGCGCCUGCCGACGAUCGAGGCGGCGGCGACGGAGGCGGAGGAAAAGCGCGAGAGUCUGCUCCACAAAAUCGGCAACAUCGUUCACAAAUCUGUGCCUGUUUCCAACGACGAAGUGAACAACCAAGUCGUGAGGACGUGGGGUACCUUCGACCGGAACCUGAAGAUCGACGGGACGCCCGGCCGCAUGCACCACCACCAGAUUCUUGCUCGUCUCGGCGGCGUGGACUUCAAAAAAGGUGUAGAAGCCGCGGGACACAGGGGGUACUUCCUGAAGGGUGCAGGCAUGCUGUUGAACCUCGCUCUCGCGCAGUAUGGCCUGGCGUUCCUCCUCCGCAAGGGAUACACUCCGGUGCAGCCUCCCUUUUUCAUGCGGAAGGAAGUGAUGGCACGUGCAGCGGAGCUGAAGGACUUCGAGGAGACGCUCUACCGGAUCCCGCACAACCAGACAGGAGGUUCUGCGGACAGCAAGGAAGGCGCCGAGAAGAACGGCGAGAAGAAGAACGAGAAGGACGCCGACCGCGACGACUUGUUCCUCAUUGCGACUUCCGAGCAGCCUCUCUGCAGUCUGCACAUGAACGAAACGCUGGAAGAGAAAGAGCUGCCAAUCCGCUACGCUGGGUACAGCUCGUGCUUCCGCAAGGAGGCGGGGUCGCACGGCAAGGACUGCUGGGGCAUUUUCCGGAUUCACCAGUUCGAGAAAGUCGAGCAGUUUUGCAUCACGACUCCUGAGGAGUCCUGGAAGAUGCAUGAAGACAUGAUCGGCAUGGCCGAGGAGUUCUACCAGACGCUGGAACUCCCCUACCGCGUGGUCUCAAUCGUCUCAGGUGCUCUCAACGACGCGGCCGCGAAAAAGUAUGACCUCGAGGCGUGGUUCCCCGGCUACGGAGACUUCAGAGAACUCGUCUCUUGCUCCAACUGCACGGACUACCAGGCGCGAGCGCUCGACAUUCGUCUUGCGCACAAAAGCAGCUCGGCAAAGGGCGCCGACAGAAACGAGAAAGCACACGUCCACAUGCUCAACGGCACGCUUGUCGCCACGCAGCGAUGUCUCUGCUGCAUCUUGGAAAACUAUCAAACCCCUCUGGGUGUGAAAGUCCCCCGCGUCCUCGUCCCCUACAUGGGAGGCGCGGAGUUCCUCCCCUUCGUCGACGCCGGCGAGGAGUCCGUCAAGAAGGAAAGCGCCUAAAAAACGCUGGGGAAGUGUGGAUGAGACAGGCGACAGGGAAAUCGAUCCAUGCGGCGCGUAGGUGGUUGUGGGAACAACGCGGUCCUUGGCGGAAAAGAUGCGUGGAGUAGAGGGGGCAACAGGUGCAAGCAGGCGUGAGGGCAAGGAAGCAACCAUGAAGUUGAGAAAACGACGCGGGGGAAUCGCAUUUAGAUGAACCCCUCGUGGAGAGCGGUGCUGUAGAGCCAAGGGCGGCCGCAUUCCGGUCGAAGCGCGCUUGGAUGCUGUAGUAGUAGUAGAAACAAACGCCCAAGACCGACACUGGCUGUAGAGUCGACGGAAGAAAAUGUAGCGCUGCAAAAAGGGACAUGUAGUUUCGCUUACUCUCUGGCGUCCUCCGGUCGAAGGAAAAAGAAACAGGCCUUUUUAGUGUAGAAGGGACGAGCCCUGUCGCAUCGUUUACCGCGGCGUCGACCAGAGUGUAUGUGAACAGCCGAGCUGCCCCCGUACACGAAGAGCUCAAGGGGCUGUUUUUGCUUUUUGUCCAAUUGUGACUGUCCGUCGCACUGACCGUGAGUUCUCUUUCAUCUUUUGUCUUCUGGGCAGACCAGGUUUUUCUUCGAAACUCAUGCGCUACAGUCUGAGAGGUCUUAACUGUUUUGUGUCAAACGCGUGGCCGACUCUGUCUCGUAACCACUAGCCUUUCUUCACUUGUGAGGCAAAGUCACCGUGUAUCCACUGAUUUGUAGGUCAUUUGGUUUUCGCUAGCUGCUGCACUGUGUGAAGAGACAGGCAAACAACCCGACGACGCCUUUUUGUCGGAUCGAAUUGGAAAAAACCACUUUCUAGGGUUGAAAGUCCUCG